AUGGGCUGGUUCGACGGUCCAUCCAAGUCCUCAUCGCAUUCGCGUUCGGGGGGUUACUUCGUGCGUCGUCGCUCUCCCGCACGCAAGUCUUCGGGCUAUUCGACCCACCAUUCGCGACACUCUGCGCCGUCCUUCUUCAACCUCGGCGGCCACGGGGGAGGAUUGGGCGGUCGAUCCAGUCCGUCGGUCUUCUCAUCCUUCUCAUCCUCCUCCCGACGAGCUCGGCCGCGUGAGGGAUUCGUCCAGCGCAUGAUCCGCUCUAUUAAGCGCCUCUUCCGUGACAUCUCCCGCUAUGCCCGCCAACACCCAAUGAAAGUCUUCCUGAUGGUCAUUGUGCCUUUGAUCACGAGUGGAGUUCUGGUCAAGUUGCUUGCCAUGGUCGGGUUACGCCUGCCUCAGGGGGUUCUCAGUGCUCUCGGAGGUGGUGCGUCUCACGGUGCGCGGGGCGGCUUCGGAGAGAUUCAAGGCCAGGGGUUUUCGGAGGGCAUCGGCGGCCUGAUGAACCUUGCUAAGAUGUUCGUCUAA